GUUACUAUAUUUUUGUGGUGUUUGCUAACAUAAUUAUACUAAACGUCUUGUGGUGAAUACAUUUUUUUGCAUCUGAGAUGAUUCCGGAUCGUUUCGCCCUAAAACCAUUUCUAACCCUGGUUCAGUGUUGUUUCGUCCUUAGUCCUAUUCACCCUGGGUUGGUUGGCCUUAAAGUUAAAGGUGAAUGUAUCCUGAUGUUUUUAUGUGAUAAUGGCCACAGCACCUCAGCGAUUUUCAGAGUUUUUGGUGUUUCUUGAGUCUGUGCUCACCGACGAGAUGCGUGGUAUCAUGCCGCUGGUGAUUAAACGGUAUGACGCGUGUUCCCGGCCCUUCAAGAACUCCAACGACAUGCUGACUCUGCUGACAACCACCAAGACAGACAUGCAGAGGGACCAGCGCCAUAUGUUCAUCUACCUCAAAGACUUCCUCAGUGAGCUGGCCGCAUACCAGGAAAGAGAAAAGAUGGCCGCGGUGAAACGGAAACGAGACUCGGACCUCAGCGAUGAGGAUGACAUUUCGGGUGGGGAAUCAGAAAAACCUGACAGCAAGAAGGGUAAAACUAAUCCCCAGCCCAUACCAGGAGCUAAAGAGUCUCCUGGUUGUGGUGAUGGUGUGCUUCCAAAUAGCUGCUUGUCUAGUUCUAGCGCUGUUAAACCUGUUGAACACAACGGUUGGAUCGGUGGUGAAGGUGGUGGUCAUUCUAGUGAGACUGGCUCGACUCACUUACAGAAAGGUCAAGAUGGACUGACCAGUGAGUCGACUCGUGGUGAGGUGAAGGACGAAGAUGUGGAUCACAAAAAGAAGACCAGAUCUUCCGAACCAUCUGGUAGCGUUCCUCAACAAAAAGAAGUCUCUGAAAAACAUAUCCGCAAGCUGGAGAAGUUACUGGGUAAACUGCGGAAUGAAAUCGAGAAGGUUCGAGAGAAGGAACUGUCUCUGGAUGACCUUGAUGCAGAGGACUCGUCCUACAUCUACGAGGAUAGACUAGAAAAGAAGUUUGUGGCUGUUUGGAAUAAGCUGUGUCUGGCAAAAAAACCGAAAAACCAGCACUGGGCGUCCCACAGAAAGACGCUUCACGUAUCGUGGUAUUUCUUUUCUACUUGACCUGACCUCAAACAAUGACAUAUUCCCCUAGUGAUAGUAGUCUGGUCUGAACACCUCAACAGCCAAUGGGAUGGCUAAUAUCUUCCAAUGAGUCCUCUACUUGAUAUUCCAGUCACAUGACUAAAGCUUCCUUGUUUCUCCUUCACUGUUUUCAUUCGGAUGGCUUUUUUCUUUGCUUAUUCAAAUAUAAGGCAUCAUUUUUUGUGUGUUGGUUUUGUUGAGAGUGUUUUUGUGUGGAAUACGUUCUACCACAUUUAAUCUAUCUUUUUACAGCUUUAUUUGGUUUAAUUCACUCUUUUAAAAGUGUUAUUUCCAAACUUUUACUUUGUUACAUGUUACAUGAUCCAAUUUUUCUGCAUUGUUAUGAUUGUACACAAAUUACUGAAAGACGUUUCAUAUAUCAGGGU